GAGUAAACUGCAAAAACGUAGAAAUAUAUCGCAAGCAGAGAUAGAAUUCUCCUACACUGCUGACAUACAUAGCUUGGCGGCUUCACACCAAAGCUUUGGACUUUUCAUAUUCUUUAUACUUUUAUUGGGCCAUUUAGGAUACACAAGCAGAUUCAGAUUCCCUUAAAAGAUUGAAGAAUCAAACCCAAAAGUCUCUCUUCUCAAUCCACACAUAUCCUCAAUCCGACCACCGUUGUUCUGACUGUCUUAUUUUGUACAAGUGAUUGUGCAAAAACUUUGUAGGAACUGGUUGAAACUGGAAGCAAGAGUUCAUGGCUGAACUUGAUAAUGGACAGCCACAGAUUCAGGGGAAGUUUGCUGCAAUGGUAGUCUGUUGGCUUCUGGGAAAUGGGUGUCUCUUCUCAUGGAACAGUAUGCUUACAAUCACCGAUUACUAUGAUGCCUUGUUCCCGAGUUAUCAUCCGUCAAGGGUCCUCACUCUAGUAUAUCAGCCAUUUGCGCUUUCUACACUCAUAGUAUUGUCAUAUCAUGAAGCAAAGAUCAAUACUAGGAAGCGGAAUUUAUUUGGAUAUACACUGUUUUUCCUAAGUACUCUUUUGGUGCUAGUGUUGGAUUUAGCUACAUCAGGAAAAGGAGGGCUUGGAACUUACAUUGGAAUCUGUGCCAUUAGUGGUGCUUUUGGAGUUGCAGAUGCUCAUGUGCAAGGAGGAAUGAUUGGAGACCUCUCCUUCAUGAAACCAGAAUUCAUCCAAUCCUUCCUUGCUGGUUUGGCUGCAUCAGGGGCCCUAACCUCUGGACUGAGACUAGUUACCAAGGCAAUAUUUGAGAAUUCCCAGAAUGGUCUACGCAAGGGAGCCAUUAUGUUCUUUUCCAUCUCUACACUCUUUGAGCUGCUAUGUGUUUUCCUGUACGCUGUUGUCUUUCCAAAACUACCGAUUGUGAAGUUCUACCGCUCCAAGGCAGCAUCAGAAGGAUCUAAAACAGUUUCGGCUGACCUUGCUGCUGGUGGCAUCCAGACAUUACCUGAAGGAGAUGUGGAAGAUCCGACUAAAAUGCAGCGUCUGGGGAACAAGCAAUUGCUAUUUCAAAACAUUGAUUAUGCAAUUGAUAUGUUUCUAAUCUAUGCCCUGACCUUGUCAAUUUUCCCCGGAUUCCUAUCAGAAGAUACUGGAUCUCACAGUUUGGGUGCAUGGUAUGCACUGGUUUUGAUUGCGAUGUACAAUGUGUGGGAUCUGAUCGGGAGAUACAUUCCAUGCUUGGAUUGCCUCAAGUUAGAAUCACGUAAAUGGCUGAUGGUUGCAAUUGUCGCUCGUUUCUUACUUGUUCCGGCGUUCUAUUUCACCGCCAAUUAUGGAGACCAAGGCUGGAUGAUCAUGCUUACAUCCUUCUUGGGUUUAACCAAUGGUUACCUAACUGUUUGUGUGCUCACUUCAGCACCUAAAGGCUACAAGGGACCGGAGCAAAAUGCUUUGGGAAAUCUACUGGUAGUGUUCUUAAUAUUAGGUAUCUUUGCAGGAGUAACACUCGACUGGUUGUGGCUUAUAGGCAAGGGUUGGUGAUCAUUUCUUACAUCCGAUUUCAAAGAUUGUUCAUAUUUUACUUUCAAGUUAAAGAAAUGCAACAUAGAAUUACUUGGAUCAUUCCCAACAAACACCAUUUUAGCCUUUCAGGACGCGCAGAUCAAAUACUAGUAUUUGCCUUCUGUAUUGUAUGUACUAUUUCUGUUACCUGUGUAUAUUUUAGAAAAGCAUCAUCAGUUUCACACA